GGCACCUCCUGGGUGACGCCUCCGGUGACGUCCUGGCUCCCAGCUCCAAGUUCACGUUUUGCUGGGCACAGAAAAACGAUCCAUGAAGGUAGAAAGUCAUGGCUCGGACUGCCACAACUUCGAGAAGUCAGCGUUAAGUGCAAUGAGAUCAUUCCGAAGUCCAGAUCCAGGACCCGUGAGCUCUUUUAGGGGGUGUGGCGGCGCUGAUGGCAUCCUAGCCUCCGAACGCUAGGUGGCGCCGUGAACUCCGUGGGCGGUGGGGGGGGGGGGGCUCUUGGGAGCUGGAAGUUCGUUGCGCAAGCGCACUUUAGGCUUUUUCCUCUGGCCCCACGUGUGAACCUUUCCGGCAAAGUUUUCCGGGAAAAUGCCCAAAUUCAAGGCGGCUCGCGGAGCCGCAGGUCAGGAAAAACAUGCGCCCCUGGCUGAGCAGAUCCUGGCUGGGGACGCGGUGCGAGCAGGGUCCCGGGAAAAGCGGCGGGGUCGCGGGACCGGAGAAGAGGAAGAGUACGUGGGGCCCAGGCUGACCCGACGAAUUUUGCAACAAGCGCGGCAGCAGCAGGAGGAGCUGGAGGCCGAGCAUGGGACUGGGGACAAGCCCGCAGCACCACGGGAGCGCACCACGCGGCUGGGUCCAGGGGUCCCGCGGGAUGGAUCAGAUGACGAGGACGAGGAGUGGCCCACCCUGGAGAAGGCUGCCACAAUGACAGGGGCAGGCCAUCAUGCAGAAGUGGUUGUGGACCCUGAGGAUGAGCGUGCCAUUGAGAUGUUCAUGAACAAGAACCCUCCUGCCAGGCGCACCCUGGCUGACAUCAUCAUGGAGAAGCUGACCGAGAAGCAGACGGAAGUUGAGACGGUCAUGUCAGAGGUGUCAGGCUUUCCUAUGCCGCAGCUGGACCCCCGGGUUCUGGAGGUCUACAGAGGGGUCCGGGAGGUGUUAUCUAAGUACCGCAGUGGGAAGCUGCCCAAGGCCUUCAAGAUCAUCCCCGCACUCUCCAACUGGGAGCAGAUCCUCUACGUUACAGAGCCCGAGGCCUGGACAGCAGCUGCCAUGUACCAAGCCACGAGGAUUUUUGCCUCUAACCUCAAGGAACGCAUGGCCCAGCGCUUCUACAAUCUUGUCCUGCUUCCCCGGGUACGAGAUGACAUCGCUGAAUACAAACGACUCAACUUCCACCUCUACAUGGCACUCAAGAAGGCCCUGUUCAAGCCCGGAGCCUGGUUUAAAGGGAUCCUGAUCCCACUGUGUGAGUCUGGCACCUGUACCCUCCGGGAAGCCAUCAUCGUGGGUAGCAUCAUCACCAAAUGCUCCAUCCCUGUGUUGCACUCCAGUGCAGCCAUGCUGAAAAUUGCCGAGAUGGAAUACAGCGGUGCCAACAGCAUCUUCCUUCGGCUGCUGCUGGAUAAGAAGUACGCACUGCCCUACCGGGUGCUGGACGCCCUGGUCUUCCACUUCCUGGGCUUCCGGACAGAGAGGCGGGAACUGCCCGUGCUCUGGCACCAGUGCCUCCUGACUUUGGUCCAGCGCUACAAGGCAGACCUGGCCACAGAUCAGAAGGAGGCCCUUUUGGAACUGCUCCGGCUGCAGCCCCAUCCACAGCUGUCCCCUGAGAUCAGGCGUGAACUUCAGAGUGCAGUGCCCCGAGACGUGGAAGACGUUCCUGUCACCAUGGAGUGAGGAAGGUUACUCGCCCUGGUCUGAGGGGCAUGGGGGGGGGGGGGGGGGGACACCAGGAUCCCUGCUGGGGACACUGAGAUUUUACAGCUGAAGUCCCAGAUCAGGGCAGGGAGAGAGGUCCCAGGCAUCUGUGGCUCCCUGUACCGGACAGGGAGGAUUAAGGGUCUGGCUGGGCCCUUCUUCCAUCCUAGGCCUUCGUCCCUGUUCGGUUGUGAGACGUGACUUGAGAUGCCACAUGCCAGCAUCUCCACUCCCUGACUGGGGUUUGGAAUAGGUUCUUUUUCUCAGGCUCUUGUGUCAAGUCACUGGGAUGGGGAUAAAAACCAAAGGGAGGUAUUUAUUGAACUUUUGUGUUUUGAUGUGAUCGAUGAAGAUCUUUGUGCUUUCCCUCUUUAGCUGGAGGGAAGCUCUUCUGUUCCUGUCGAGGGGUGGAUUCUUGCCAGUUUACAGAGGAUACCCCCAUCUCCUUAUUCUACAAGUUUGUGUCUCCACACCCUACCCACCCUAUUAGCCCCUUGAGGCAUCCUCUGCCUUCAACUUGAGGCAGAGGCUACUUUGGAGGUUGUUCAAAAGAUGGUCCUGUCUCUUCUGUGGGUGGAUUGCUGCAGGAGAAAGUCCCUAGGGGAGACUGAGGCUACAGAGAAAAGAAAAUCAGGCCCUGGAAGGAGUAGAUCCAGAGUCCCCACCAGACAGGUUUUCUAAAUUUCUUGGCUAAUUUAAAGUUUUAGACCAGGGAUUGGCAGACUAGAGUCAUAUGCCCAUUUUCUUAUUGCCCAUGAGGUAAGAAUGAUUUUUAUAUUUUUUAAAUGGUUAGGAAAAAAUUAAUAAUAUUUUGUGAGAGAUGAAAAUUCUAUGAAAUUCACAUUUCAGUGUCCAUAAGUAAAGUUGUGUUGGGACGCA